GUUUUCGCUACGGGGUAGAUUACGUAGGGUAUGACAUAGAACGCGUCGAGAACUUCUCAGUACCGUCUGCAGCAGCUUACAACCCUUCGUGUUUCUACUGGACAUUUGAUAGAAAUAAAUCCGCUUGCUUUCUUAAAGACCAGUCAGCAGGAGAUAAUAUUGUUUCUGCAAGAGAAACACUCGCGAAAAUAUCUGCACCCAAAGAUUGCCUACCCAUUGAUGCAGGGUGCCAGCAGGUGGAUACAGGUUUCUUAGGAUCCGUAGUAAAUCAGCUGCGAAACGUAUUAACGUUUGAAGCAUGUCAGCAUAAUUGUCAGGCUGAAGACAAAUGCAGUUAUUUUACAUAUAAUCGGACAAAUAAAAUUUGCAUUUUAAGAAGCGCUUCUCCUUUCGGUUAUAUUAAAGAUGCUUCGACUGUCUCACAAGUCUCAGGGCCUAAGUUCUGCCCUAAUGAUGAUGUAUGCAUAGAACAAGGAGAUUAUGUUGGCUAUGAUAUUGAAGCAAUUGAAGACGGCAGCGUAGACAGCGCAAUUGCAUGCAGACAUUUGUGCAAACAACGCGAAGACUGCUCGUUGGAGAUCAACGCUGCGUAUUUGACAACCGAAGCUGAACGAGUAAAAGGUGUAGAGAGAUACGAUGAUUGCGAAGCAAAGUGCCGAGAAGCUGACUACUGUGCAACGUGGACGCAUCUACCUGCAGGAAAAGUUUGUUUGCUGCUGUCUGCUGCUGCUGCUGCUGCAGCAAAGAAGACCCCCCUAGACGGGGCUAUUUCCUCGCAUAAACAGCACAACGAUAAACAACAAAACAGCUGUCUUACUCCUGGACUCAAAUACAAAAACCCAUACAUGCUGCAUGCACUAAAGUCUCUUUAUGUGCAUCCUGGUCUUAUAACCUGA